UGGUUUAAGCUUUUGUGUGCUGCUGAAUGAUGACAAACACCAGCAGAUACCCCAUGUGUGCUGUGCGAAAACCGUGAAGCUUUUGGUUCUUGGCUGAUCUGGAACAGGAUCUCACUUUCACGCUGUAGAACUGUCAAUAGCGGCUUCUCCAGUCAGAAAUGAGUCACAUUGCGUGUGCACAUUUGCAGGCGGUGGUCGAGCUCCUCGAACACGGGGCUGACCCCAACCUGCCGUUGAGCAGAGCGGUGGGAAGUGCCCUGUGUGCGGCCGUGAGCACAGCGUACGAACAGCAGAGAACAGCAGCGCAGAGGAUCGCCUUGGUUGAUAAACUGCUUGAAGCUGGCGCCAAUAUCCUUGCACCGGUUCCUCUUCGGGAAGGACAGACCAAAGCUGUGGGAACAGCUGUUGACUAUGCCUAUUUUAAAUAUUAUCAGGAUACGAGAAUUGCUCACACACCGUACCACGUACUGUCAGCAUCUGAGCAGGAGGUUCUUCAAACACGCCGAUCGCUGCUGGAACACAUUACAGUGAAGCUCCGUGAGUGUGUCAUCCUGAAAGAGAAAGAGUGGGAUCAAGAAAAGUUGAGAAGAUCCAAGAAAUUGGAUUCAGCUGUUCACACACGUGUUUCAAAGAAGAAAGGAGGCAGCCUUUGUGUGGAAGAAGUGAGACUACCAUUCUUCAAGUACUGCUACCAGUGUGGCCGCUCGGUCGGUGUUCAGCUGUUGCCGUGCACGCGUUGUCACGAAGUCUUCACCUGCAGUGAGACCUGCAGAAGGAACGCCUGGAGCCAGCGGCACAGGCAGGAGUGCUCGGGGUCGCUGGAGAAGCGUACAAGUCAAGCAGCUCUGGACGCGAGCAGGGCAGGAUUGAAAAAGAAUGUCACUGGCAAAAAGGGGGAAAAGGGAAGAGAAGGAAAAGAGGACAGAAGAGGUGGAACAAAGAGUAAAGCUGGGACUGGAGGAAGAGAGCGGCACAGGAAGAACAACUGACUUGUUUCAUGUUGCUCCUGCUGUUGUGAGGACAGGUGUUAAUACCGCUGCACUUUGUGUGUUGUAUUCCACUUCUACUGAAGUUAAGUGAUCUGAUGUGUUUUGAGAAACUAAACCCAAAGCAUCUCCCUAAGAUACCAUGUGGCUCAAGGAUGAUAAUGCCAUCAAAAAGCAGUGUGCGUUACGUAUUUAAGUAAAUGUCUUCAGUUAGAAGUACAGUGAACCUCAGAUUGAUUUUAAUUGUAUAAUGCUACAUAUAUGUUUUAAAAAGCAAUAUUGCCCAUUAUUAAACUUCAUUACGACUAUUCCCUCCUGUGGGAAACACAGGGCCUGUUUGGCAACUGGACUUGCUCUCUAGGGAGUUAUUUUGCUUCAUGGGGGGCUCAGAUCUGGGAUCCUGGGGAGAGUUUGCUGAGGACUGUUCAACCCUUAGACUGUUACCCCUUGAUUUAGCCCACAUGGGCACUGACAAUCCUGCCAGGAAAGUCUCCGAGCAUAUAAAAUGUGACCAUGUGGCUCUGGGGGUGAGAGUCAAGGUCAAGGGGGCCCAGAUGGUUUUCUCCUUGAUCCAAGUGGAAAGGCUUAAGGAAGAGUGGCUGGGUCUUGAAGUUCAGCACCUUGUUGUGCAGCUGUGUCACUGACCAUGGUUUGACUUUAAAACCACAGGACCACACAGGGGGUCAAGGACCGGUGGGGAGGGGUGGAAUCCAUCUGACAAAGUCACCAGCUGGCCAGCUUGAGGAGACUAAGAAUAAUAGGAGGGAAAUGAUGGCCCACAUUCACGUGAGAAAGUGGUGGACUGGCCUGGUAAGCAAAGGUGUAGAUUGAUGCGGUUGAGAGUCCUCCAGGUGAACAGAGCGAGCGGAAUGGGGCCCACCUGUCAGCGACGUGCUGAGAGGACACCAGGGGUAGCUCGUCUUGAGAAACCAGCGCGACUGUUACACCCCGUGGAACCCCCGCCCACAGCAAAAGCCACACGCUCCCCCAGCGGGACGGGGCAGGAUCGGGAAACUAAAGGCAACCUGGGCUGAGGUAAGAACAGUUCAAUGGAACAGCGGAAAAAGAAACAAAGCAAACCAAACCAAACCCACCAAACAAAAAACCCCACCACAGUAACAACAACGAUGAAAGAAUAUACAAAGCAAUGGAUAUACAGCACAACCUCUUGAAGAGAAGCUGCCAAAUUCAUGUAUACUAUGAUUAAAAAACGUACCCAUCAUUAACCAAUUGAUACGAGAUCAAUGCUUUCUGACCACCUGCAAAACGAGGGGAUAUUUUUCAAGUUUUAGAUCCUUCUGCAAGACAAGAGGGAGACAGAAGAUUAAGUGACUCAUUGUUUAGAAGCAGAGUGCUUAGUUUGUAUUUUACUAAUAAUUAAUGGACGUAUUUUAAGAAAAAACAAUUAUAACUAACAUCAUCAAUUAUUUCUUAGUAUAGAUGUAUGUCAAAUUUUUCAAAAAUUGUAAUGCAUAUGUAAUAAUUAUGUGAAUAUAAGCAAUACAAGAGCAUCCAGUCGCUGGAGCACUGAUGGAGGAUGAUCCCCAGCGCUGACAAAAUAAAGAACGCUGCUUCACAGUGUAACUGACUCUGCUGUUCAGUCUAUUUCUUCGUUUUGCUCUCCCCACGUGGCGAUCCUGCCGCUGCCUCCUCCAGAGCUGCAGGUGGAUUCCUGCCUGCGGCCUGUGCUGGAACCAGCACCAAACCACACGGGCCAGAGAGAAGCGA